ACUGCAACAACAAAAUUUGGAAAUUAUGGCGUUUGUAAUUGCUUUGGCGUUGUCUAUGGUGGCCUUGGCUGCAGCUGAAUACGAUCAUUUUUCACCUCCUCCUGUUUAUUAUUAUCAAUCUCCCCCUCCUCCUUACUAUUAUAAAUCACCCCCUCCUGUUUACUAUUAUCAAUCCCCCCCUCCUCCUUACUAUUACAAAUCACCACCUCCUCCCUCUCCUUCACCUCCACCACCAUACUAUUAUAAUUCACCUCCACCUCCAUCUUCCUCACCUCCACCUCCAUACUACUACAAGUCCCCACCUCCACCAUCUCCUUCACCUCCUCCACCAUACUACUAUAAAUCUCCACCUCCUCCAUCUCUUUCACCUCCUCCUCCAUACUACUACAAAUCCCCUCCACCACCAUCUCCUUCCCCUCCACCACCAUACUAUUAUAAGUCCCCACCCCCACCUUCCCCAUCUCCUCCUCCUCCAUAUUACUACAAGUCCCCACCUCCUCCAUCUCCUUCACCUCCUCCUCCAUAUUACUACAAAUCCCCUCCACCACCAUCUCCUUCACCUCCACCACCAUAUUACUACAAAUCCCCACCACCUCCAUCUCCAUCUCCUCCUCCUCCGUACUACUACAAUUCCCCUCCACCACCAUCCCCUUCACCUCCACCACCAUAUUACUAUAAAUCCCCACCACUUCCAUCUCCAUCUCCUCCACCCCCAUAUUACUACAACUCUCCACCUCCACCAUCUCCAUCUCCUCCCCCAACAUAUUAUUACGAAUCCCCGCCACCACCAUCUCCAUCUCCAUCUCCACCUCCUCCUUACUACUACAAAUCUCCACCACCACCAUCCCCAUCACCACCACCCCCAUACUUCUAUACAUCCCCACCACCUCCACCAACAUAUUGAUUGAUUUAUUCUGACAAUGAAUAUUAUGAGAACUGCUGCAGUAUAUAGUUCUCAAUCUACUCGGCCAUUAUUUUCUCAUUUCAAAUAAAGAUUGAAAACACUAUGGAGAUUUGAUCUGAAAUAAGCAGAAUGAUGUAAAUUCUGAGAUCUGUGAUAGUGCUCGCUUUAGCAAAUAAGGGGAAUACUUCUCUCAUCUCGGAGGAAAAUUCAAUUGUUGUUUGUUCGCUACGCUGAAGGACCGACCGGUAGUUAAGCAACUAGUGUAUUACUUUCCUCUUCCCAAAGACAAUAAGAUUAUUGUUUUCUUUAUUCAUACAUUAAUGUAUU